AUGACUCGCUCCUUCGACUCUCACGAAAACGCAGAGAGUCCCUCUGAGGUUGAUCGCCUCGGCCUAGCACGCCGCCUCAGCCAAGUCGCUGUUUCGGAGCAAAGGUCAGCUCUGACGGUCAUAGCCUUGACCGAGUGCGUCUUGGACGCUAUGGUCGUGACUAACCUAGCCGGCGAAGUCGUGGCAGCCAACCAGGCUACGGUACAACUGUUUGGAUACGACCAAAACCAAUUGAAAGCAGCUAAGAUGUCGGUGUUCAUGACACCGGGGAGUCAAGAGCUUUAUAUGCCACAGUUGCAGAGGUUCAUCACUCGUAUGAUCCGUUGCAAGGAGAAGCAUGGAUGUUGGCUCCCAGACUGCAUCCACUUCCGUGAGGAGAGAACAUUUUCAUGGUCUCAUACCCUUGAAAUGAAAGUGUUCAAACAAAAACGCGAAAGUGAGAGUGACUAUGCUGAACCAAUUUUCUUAAUAUUCGUCCUUAAAGACAUAUCAGAACGCAAACAGAUGGAAAUUAGGAAGGAGACUCUAUUGGCAAAUAUCUCGCAUGAAAUGAGGACACCAAUCAGUGCCAUCAUAGGUUUAGCUGGCGCGCUUGUUGAGAACGAAUCCAAUCCUGGACGCACGCGGCACUUAGAGCUCAUCAUAGGCAAGGGCGGUGUCCUACCAUGCGGCCGACUUGACCCCACUAGGCUCAGCAAAAAGGCUCCUGGAAGUCUUCCACGACGUGACCGAGAUGUCAAGGUACACAUCCCCGACCUCGACGAUCCGCAUGAUCCCGUACAGGAUAUGAUCGACCCUGAAUUUCCGGAUCGAUUCGCGGCUUUCAGGACGGAGAACACCUCUCCCGUAUCCUACAUCCCUUCGAACAAGGCGAAGAAGAUCAUGCAUUGA